AUGGGCAACGUCAUGUCUGCGAGCUUCGCACCAGAGUGCACAGAUCUAAAACAGGAGUAUGACAAUUGUUUUAACCAGUGGUAUAGCGAAAAGUUCUUGAGAGGCCUGUCAAUGGAAAAUGAAUGCAGCAAGCAAUGGUAUGCGUACACGACUUGUGUAGAGGCUGCACUUGUUAAGCAGGGGAUCAAACCGGCAUUGGACGAAGCCCGCAAAGAGGCGCCCUUUGAGAACGGAGGCGAAUCGAGUGAUGCCAAGUAA